UGUGCAAUUGGAGGGAUGAACAAGGAAGAAAGAGCUAUGGAAGCCGCUUGGAGAAGAUCUGGUCAUGGGGUUGUUGUGAAGGAAGAGAGGAGACCUGAAGCACCAUGCGAUGACGAUGAAGGUUGCAGAGACAAGGCUGCUGCCAAGGCUGAUAAAACGAAGUCAUCUUCCCCCAGACGCGAGGAUUUAAACUGCAGUUCUGUGCAGUUACCAGCAAUAAGUAAGAUGGAAAGAUCGAUAUCAUCUGCUGAACCGGACUCAGGAGCGAGUUCCUCGAGCCACAAGGAUCAGGAUGAUCAGCUUGAAUCAGCCAAAGCUGAAAUGGGCGAGGUGAGAGAAGAAAAUCAAAGGCUAAGGAUGUAUUUGGAUCAAAUUAUGAAGGAUUACAAGACUCUUCAAAUGCAAUUCUACGACGUUGUCCGACAAGAAACUAAGGAAUCCACAGAAAAGGCGAGCAUUUUACAAAUUGAGGAACCCGAGUUUGUUUCCCUUAGCCUGGGAAGAGUUUCAAGUGACCCAAAAAAGGAUGAGAAGAACAAAGCUACUAGCAAAAUGGAGGAUGACGGAGUCAAAGGCGGCCUUAGUCUCGGACUUGACUGCAAAUUUGAAGUGCUGAAUCCAAGCCCUGAGAAUAGCUUUGGAGGACCAAAGGAAGAUGCCGGAGAGACUUGGCCACCUAGUAAAAGCCUGAAGACAAUGAGAACCGGAGAUGAUGAAAUUUCACAACAGAACCCCGCGAAGAGAUGUAGGGUUUCUGUGAGAGCUAGAUGUGAUACCCCAACGAUGAAUGAUGGAUGUCAAUGGAGGAAAUAUGGACAGAAGAUUGCAAAAGGAAACCCAUGUCCACGAGCAUACUAUCGCUGCACAGUUGCACCAUCUUGCCCAGUUAGAAAACAGGUGCAAAGAUUUGCUGAAGACAUGUCCAUCUUGAUUACCACCUAUGAAGGGACACACAACCAUCCACUCCCUUACUCAGCCACUGCAAUGGCUUCCACCACUUCAGCAGCUGCUUCCAUGCUCAUGUCCGGCGCCUCGAGCUCUCAAUCUGGCUCUGGCUCCUGCCCGUUAUCAGCCACUAGUGCUGAUCUCCAUGGGGUGAACUUUUAUCUAUCUGACAGCUCAAAAUCAAAGCAAUUCUACUCGAUCAACUCGUCGCUCUCGGCUGUGUCUUCAAACCCAACAAUUACACUUGACCUUACAACAGCCUCAGCCUCUUCCUCUUCCUCAUCCCAUUUCAAUAGGUUAUCUUCAAAUUAUCCUCCCCCAAGAUUUCCUUCUACAGGUUUCAACUUCACUUCUUCUGAAUCCAACUCUCUGCCUAUCUCCUGGAGCAAUGGAUUGCUUAGCUAUGGCAGUACUACUACUACUCAACCCUACAACAGGAACCAUACUGGAUCCCAAAAUUCUGGACGACAUACUCAGGAAAAUUUCUUUCAUCCCCACGUCCAAAAGAACACCCCAGCUCCUGUUCAACAGCCUCUACCAGAUCCUAUUGCAGCUGCAACAAAGGCAAUCGCAUCAGACCCGAGUUUCCAAUCUGCUUUAGCAGCUGCCCUUACAUCAAUAAUGGGUCCUAAUAGUGGAACCCAUGCUAACCAUAGUGGAGGAGAGGCCUUUGGCCAGAAAUUGAUGUGGGGUAGUGAAUCCCUUCCUGCUGUUUCUACCUAUCAGUCAACCUCUAAAGGAAAUGGAUGUGCAUCCAGCUACUUGAACAAAUCGCCACCCACAAAUUCUCAGCCGGGAAGCUUGAUGUUUCUUCCUCCUGCAUUGCCAUUUUCCAUCUCUAAGAAUGCAUCUGCAUCCCCUGCUGAAAAUAGAGAGCACACUAGUUGAUCAGGGGUUCAAAAUAAUCUUUCUUCGUCAAUAAUAUUAUGGCAUACCAUGCGAAGAAUUUGUGCAUGGAGAGAUGAUGAAGACAGCGAGCUAGGGAAGUUGAAUGAAUAUUUUCUUUCUUCUUUGUUUAUAGUAUUACUUUCUUGUGAUAACCUCUUAAUAUUAAUGUCAGCGUGUGGAUAAAUAUUCAUGGGAUUGAUCAAUGACUAAAAGCCAUGAAACUCAUGUGUAACUUCUAUAAUUUUGAUUAGAUUUGUGGAAUUCUACUCCCCUUAAUCUGCAA